AUGUUAUAUUAUGCGAACUUCAAGUCAAAGCUACAGCACUCCAUACAAUACUCAUCCCACGCAGGGCCCUCGAGUUUGACCGGUAAUCUCACGAGAUUGCUGAAUAACCAUUUGCUAUCACGGUUCACCUAUAAUAUACCUCCUCCACCCAUUCACGGUGAGUCACAGCACCAUCCUUGGAAGCAUAUCGUUGACACGCAUGGGAUGGAGUCUCAGUAUCUCCCCAAUAUCACCAACUACACACCACGGUUUUUUGGAGAGUCAAAUGUCUCAAUAUGGCAUCGGUUGCCGGUGGUGAGACGGUCUGCAGUGUUAGUACUGCUUUUUCUAGGCAAGAGCGGCGAAUUGCGUGUGGUGCUCACGAAGCGGUCGCGCGACCUGAGGAGCUUCUCGGGUCACGUUUCCCUCCCUGGUGGAAGGGCCGAUACCGGUCUUGAGAGUGAAUGGAUGGUUGCCAGGCGAGAAACAGAAGAAGAGAUUGGUAUUUCCAGAUACGAUAGAGUGAACGCCGAGAACGGGUUCUCAAUAGAGUACGUGAACAUGCUUCCUUCGUAUCUCUCGCGGACAUUUCUGGCGGUACGGCCUUGUGUGGGCUUUGUGAAAUGGGCUCCGGAAAAGCUGGCGAACCCAGAAGAUCAACAUAUAUCUUCUAUUCUGCUUAAUCCUGGCGAGUCAUCGUCGAUCUUCUCGGUUCCUUUGAAGGACUUCCUCCAACCCAAACCGAGGCGCUACGAGCUCCAGGAGUGUCUCAAGCAAUCAUACGUGAAAACCAAAUGGGGCGGGCUCCCAUGGAACUUGCGUUCAUACAUCUUUCCUCUACACAACGACAACGAAGUCAGAUGGCUUUCUGAAGUUCAGGAUCUUUCGAGCGAGGAGGAAGAGUCUCAGACAGACAUGGAAUUGGGGGAAAAGACCAGAGACGUUUGGGGGCUAACUGCAAAUAUUCUGCGCGAUUUGGCAGAGGUUGCGUAUUGCCAGAGGGGAGACGAUUUAGUCAUUGGAGAGGAAGAACUCAUGCACUCGUUGCACGAGCAUGGGGGCCAGAUGUCGACCAAACGCAGAUCUGAUUUCGAGACAAAAAUGAUCGCUGGUGCAAAGGGAGUCAAAUUUGGAGACGUUUUGGAGAAGAAGGAGUUUGAGAGGUUGAAGAAAAUCUACAGUCAUAUAUAA